AUGUGGAUGGUCUUUUUUAAUUAUUGCGAAGCACAAUUACCUGAUGAUGAUUAUUCUUUAGAUGCAUUUUCAGGUUAUUUCGAUAUUUUAAUUGGUUUUUUGGUUCCAUUCCUCGUUUUUAUAAUUGUAGAUUACGAUUAUGAUGAUGAAGGUUCAAAACCAAUCGCACAAUUAGCUAGGUCACUCAUAUAUUUUUUAAUUAUUGGCUUACAACAAGAAAUAGCUUACGCAUUUUCUCCAGAUAAUGUUUCUAGCCAUGUUAAAAUUUUACAACAUAUCGUGAUUAGUUUAUUGUUAAUUGGAAUUAUUGGGGAAUUUAUCUUACUUAUUAAAUCAAGAGGAGCAAAAACCGAAUCUUCAUCAGAUAAUGAAGAAGAAGAAGAACGCAUUGAAUCCCUAAAAAGACAUAUACGAAAACUAUUGCAAGGUUUUAAACGAACCCUUGAACAAAGCAUUAAAACACAAAUUCAAAAUCUUAAACAAACCCUUGAAGAAAACUUUAAUAUAAAAAUUCAAACCCUUGAAGAGAAAUUCAAUAAUAAAUAUGAAAUUCUUGUAAAAAGCAUUAAUAAACAUUUUCAAAUUCUAGUAGAAAAUAUUGAAAAUCGAUUUCAAACUCUAGUAGAAAGUAUUAAUAAACAACUUGAAAAUCUUAAAGAAGACCUUGAAAAACAAAUUGAAACUCUUAAGAAAAGCAUUGAUAAACAAAUUGAAGCUCUUAAAGAGAAAUUUGAAAAACAAUUUAAAGAACAAACUCAAUCUCUUGAAAAACUUAGGAAUGAAUAUGAACAGAAAGUUAAAACCCUUGAAGAAAGAGUUAAAAACCUUGAAGGAAAAGAAGACCAAUCCCAACAACGUAUCAUAUGUCAAUCGAUUAAUAAGAUAGAAAGUAGGAAUGCUCUGAUGCCUAUGCAAUAUAUAAGUUCAACAAACGCUAUUAGAUCUAUGAAACAUAUUAUUGAAAAGGGUGAAUCACUAAAAAUGCAAAAGAUGACAGCAGACCUUGAAGAAAAAGAAAAUCUAAUUUAUGGUGAACGUAGUAUUCAUGUUGGAAAUACAUCAACUAAUUCAAAAAGUAAAACUCAAAAAAUGGUUAACAAAAUUAAUGAAUUUCUUGAUUUUACUAACUUUAUUCGUUUAGGUUUCUUACUAGAUUAUUUAGGUUUAAUCCUUUUUAUAAUUUCAAUUGGCUUUUUACUUAAUGAUUUGAAAGGAAGUAUUACACGAAGUUUUAUCUUAACUAUAAUUAUUACUGUUUCUAUCACAUUUUUCUUUCAAUUUAUGAUAUUAAUUAUUGCAUAUAGUAGAAAAAAUUUAAAAAGAUAUAUUAAAGAGCAUCAACAAUCUUAUAGUAAUAUUUUUCCUAAAUAUCAUGCUCAUAUUACUAUUGCAAAUGAUCUUAUAACCACUAAUGUACUUUAUUUGCCUUCUUUAAUCAAUUAUUUCCUUUUGCAAACUCCCGGUAUUUUCAAUAAGAUAUUUCUAAAUUUAACUGCUUUGUUUGUUAGUUCUUGGAUUGUACUUACGUAUAAAACAGUUUUAAACAAUGAAGGAAUGAAGGAGGAAGGAGGAAAAGAGCCUGAAACUAUGGAUGAAUUGAAUGAGGAAAUGGAGGAAGGAAAAAAAGAGUCUGAUCAUGAAAAUGUUUAG